AUGGUCGCUACCCCUCCGACCUGUCGCUUCUUCACUGCGGCGACCACUCAGCUCUGCAGGGCUGCUGGCCGUAUAGGAGCAGGAGCUGGAUCAGGAUUGUCGCGGCCCCGGCCAGCGCUCCCAAACCCCUUCGCAUUCACCUCUACGCUAUGCCAGAAUCCCCUAGGAUUUUCUGUCGGGAGGGCGUUGUCGUCAUCGACCUCGUCGUCCGCUCUCCCCUCAUCCCCGAUCUUCGCAGCCAUUGCGAGCCAUGACCCGGAAUCCCCUGCGAUAAUACACAGUGCCUCAACCCGGACCUUCAGCUACGGCAGUCUCCUACACGAUGUUGCUGCCGCAAAGGACAGAAUUGCCGCUCUCUCUGCCGCAGGAAGAAAAUCCCCUCUGGCUGGGGAGAGGAUCGCUUUUCUGGCGGAAAACGGUUAUGACUAUGUGGUGACGUUCCUCGCGAUCCUCGCGCACGAUGCAAUCGCCCUCCCCUUGGCACAUACCCAUCCCAGCUCCGAGCUGCGGUACAUCCUCGAGAACAGCGAGGCCGCCCUGUUCCUCUCGACGGAGAAAUUCUCACACAAGGCACAAGAGGUGGUGAAAGAAGGACUCGACCAUGUCCCAAGACUGGAGAUCCUCUCCAAGAUUGAGACCGGGGCCGCGUUCUCCGCCGAACAUGUCAAGUUAGAUGACUCCGACACUAUUGAGAAUGGCGGGUUCAUGCUCUACACCUCCGGAACCACCAGUCGUCCCAAGGGCGUGGUGCUGUCUGCCGCAAACAUGGCGGCACAAGCCAGUUCUCUGAUCGAAGCAUGGAAAUACACUCCCUCAGACCUGCUCCUCCACGUUCUCCCACUACAUCAUAUUCAUGGGACAAUCAACGCCUUGUAUACCCCUCUGAUGGCUGGCUCGGCGAUCGAAUUUGCGUACCCGUUCAACGCAGAGACUGUGUGGAAGCGUCUGGCUGCACCAUUUCUCCCCGACCCUUCCUCUCUCUCGACAGACGAAAGGAAAAGGCCGAUAACUUUCCUUACCUGUGUCCCGACGAUAUACAACCGACUACUGGCAACUCACUCCUCUCUUUCCCCAGAAAUGCAGACCGCAACACGCACGGCGAUCAACCCUCGUAACCUUCGAUUGAAUAUUUCCGGCUCUGCAGCCCUUCCUACACCGACCAAAAAGGCUUGGGCGGAGCUUUCUGGCGGCAAUGCCCUUCUCGAGCGCUACGGGAUGACCGAGGUCGGCAUGGCGCUAUCUUGUGGACUGGCGUUUGAGGACCGUGUAGACGGUUCAGUUGGGUGGCCAUUGCCAGGAGUCGAGAUACGGCUCGUUGACACUGAGACAGACACGGUCAUAACGCCCGGCGAAGAAAUGGACGAAAGGGGCCAGCCGCGAGAAGGGGAAAUCCAGCUCCGUGGCCCUACAGUGUUCAAGGAGUACUUCCGCAACCCCACUGCCACAGCGGCAGAGUUUGUAGAGUCUGAAGACGGCAAAGGCAAUUGGUUCAAGACAGGCGACGUGGCGAUCCGCACACUCGUCCCCGGAACAGGAACAUCGCCCGAGCAAUCCUGGGCUCGUGGACCCAUGUACUUCAUCCGUGGCCGCAAAUCCAUCGACAUUAUCAAAACGGGCGGCGAGAAAGUUUCUGCACUAGAAAUCGAACGAGAACUCCUCUCGCUACCAGACAUCGCCGAAGCUGCCGUGGUCGGACUCCCUAGCGAACAAUGGGGCCAAAAGGUCGCCGCGGUCGUGGUUCUGAGUGACACAGGGAAGAGCGGCGGCCGGGGCGGCAAGCAAUGGGGGGCCAUGGACAUGCGCAGGGCCCUCAAGGAUAGAUUGGCCAAUUACAAGAUUCCACAGGAGUUGAAGGUCGUCGAGCACAUUCCGCGCAACGCCAUGGGCAAAAUCAACAAGAAAAUGCUCGUGAAGCAGGUCUUUUCAACGGGGACUUGA